CAAGGCUGCAGCUGAAGACCUUUUGCUUAAUUCUUUGACACGAGGUGCCGCGUGCUUGGUGCCCUGCUCGUGUGUCCAUUCAUGAGCCCCGCUCAAAUUUAUGCUGUCUGCUGGUACACUGGUGAAAGCGGUGGUGUUGUGAAAAGAAAAACAAUUAUAUAAGACGCGUCUCGUUGUGUUGCUUCACUUGUCUGUAGACUGGCGUCAUUGACUCCACACGAGCAUGUUCAACGCUCUUUCCAACGGCCUUUCCCGUAUCGGUAUUAACUUGGGCGCCCGUGGUAGAUCUUGUGACAGUGCCAUGUCGCUGCUGCAUGAUGUGGAUGUACCAACGAAGAAGGCAACGUUUGCCAUGGCAUGCUUUUGGGCACCAGAUGCAUUGUUUGGAGCCACUCCUGGUGUGAUUCGCACCCGAGUGGGUUAUGCUGGAGGCACUAAGGAGGGCCCGACUUACCGCAGCUUAGGUGACCACACAGAAUCGAUCGAUGUUGAUUUUGAUCCAACAGCUAUCACAUAUGAUAAGCUAUUGGAUAUUUUCUGGAACAAUCACGACCCCACAGCACGAACAACUAAGCAGUACACUUCCCUUAUAUUCUUCCAUGAUGAUGACCAGAAAAAACUGGCAGAGCAGACCCUAAAAGAGCAAGAAGGAAAACAAAAAUCUCCCAUUGUUACACAAAUUCUACCAGCAGGAACUUUCUGGGAUGCUGAAGACUACCACCAGAAGUACCGUCUGCAACAGCACGAUUGGCUCAUGAAGGCUAUUGGGAUGAAGUGCGGGCCCAAACUGAAGACAUCACAUGUUGCAGCACGUCUCAAUGGAUAUGUGAUCGGCCGAGGAGGUGUUGCCCAGUUUGAAAGAGAUGUUGCAAGACUUGGGCUCAGCGAUGAAGUGGCUGAUUUUGUCCGCAAACUUUGUAUUAAGUACGAAAAUGCUGGUCCGUUCUGUUAGACUUGAAGAGCAUGGGUUUAAGUAAAUCUUGUUUGAAAAAAAAAUGAACUUAUUUUCUUUCACUGAGUGACAAUAAUCAUCGCAAUACUUGCCCACCAUUUUUAAGCUUUUGAUUUCACUAGUAAAUCUUGUCUUAUCAACAACAUUGAUCAAUGUAAGUUUCUGCUGGGAAAAAGAGAAAAAAACUGCAGUUGAAAUGUGCUGUUUACAUUUGCAUUUAAUUGCUAGCAGUUUUAUGGCAAUAUUUAGUGCUUAUGUAAAAAAAACUAAGUUCAAGUAAAGUUACCAAAAAAAAGGAUUUAAGUUCUAAAACUAUUUUUAAUAUGUUUUUUAAUUGUUGUCUUGUUUCCAUUUUACCUCAAUGUUAAC